AUGCGCAAACCCAUCUGUACCAUGAUGAUCUACUUAAAGCAACCCGUUGGCCCAUUACAAAUACUUAUUUGCCAACAUGCUUUGAGAUUUAGUCGAUACGCUCUGAAUUUCUCCAGAAAGCCAACACGAAAACAGAAGAUUUACGAGCAGGGCCUCCAGUCUCAGUCCAAUAUCGCUCAGAUAGACCAUCAUUUCUCCAUCUUCAAUGAAACCGUCACCAAAGUGGUGGACGUGGGCUAUGUGCCUGGAAGUUGGCUUGAAUACGCAAAACUUAAGCUCCUGAAAGUCCACCAUGUUGACCCAGAUGUCAUCAACACAAAGUGCACCUUGAUAGGAACAGAUAUCAUAUGUGGAAGUCCAAUACCAGGUACCAUCACCACUCAAGGCAACAUCUACUCCCAGAGUGUACAUGAUAAUGUGAUUUCAUUACUAAAGGAGGCAGCUUUCCGUCGCUGGAACCCUUCUGCAGACGGCAAUUCUCCAGAUACAGAUAACUCAUACUUGCUGAAAGAGCUUCAGGAAACACAUCUAGAGGCGGAACUCGAUGGACUUGCGGCCGCAUUCAACGAGUUUUCGUUGGACGAUAAAGAGGGAAUGAAGAAGCUACUAGGUCCCAAGCUGUACCAGGCAGACGUGAUCAUGUCCGACUUGGCCACACCAUUUCUCCAGAAUGCUGGCUUCUUCAAUAAUACAUACGCUAGACCAUAUAUUCGGUCCAGCACCAACGAGGCUCUUCGGCAGCCAACCACCAAUUCGCAGAAGGCUUCUAUUGACUUGGCUGAGGCUGCACUACUAUUAUGUUUCGACGCACUUGUGAAAAAUGGGACUUUCGUGACCAGAUUGGCCCAGGUGGACUUUGCUGAUCCAGAGAUAGAGCUAUUUCAAUCUCGACUUGAAAAGGUAUUCAAGCAGGUGGAGAGAUGGAGUCCACGAGAAAAGAUAUACUCUGAGACUUCACAUGUUGAUGAUCUCUACUUCAUUAGUAAAUUCAAAAGGGAUUACUCUAUCGAUAAGUAUGCAGUGUUUGGGGUAUCUACUAAGUAA